AUGACAAUUUAUUAUACACCACAAGUAUCCCAAGAGACAUUGGGCUCGGCUCUUCCGCCAUACUCGACUCUUCCAGCUCCUAAUGAGAUAAAUUACAGCCCAAUUGGAUCAGAAAACUCGGAAUUGGACGAGCAACCGCCCCCCAGCUAUUACGACAACUUCGCUGAAAUUGGAUCGAGAGGUAGGGAUCUGUCGUCAUCUUCAUCCAUGGCAUCUGAAUACCACACAGCACCUUCUUUUUUUCUGCUGCUACUGCUGCUCACUCAAGAAACUAGCCAAAGCAGCAAUAAAAUUUUAAGCCAUACUGCUCCAUCUAUUGCUGAACUUUCUCCAACUAGCGAGACAAUCACGCCAUGGGAGGGCACUUCAUCUCCCUUUCAAUUGCUGCUGUUGCUCACUCGAGAAACCAGUCCAAGCGACAAUGCAAGGAUCAACUACAUGCCCCCUUUAAAUGUCGAACUUCCAACUACCACUGAAAUAAUCACAUCAUGGGAUGAAAUAAUGUUGCUCGAUACGAGAAAACUACCCAAUUUGACGUUUGAAAAUGACAAAAUUUCAAAAGCAAUUGACGUCAAAGUAUAUUUCACCAAAGAUAUGGGAGAGAUGGGCAUACCCCCAAAGAUGGUUGAUCCUAACACGCAUGAAUUCAAGCAAGGAGAUAUGGUUAACGGAUAUGUCCGUAUUCGCAACUUGUCUUCGCGGCCAAUUCCAUUCCUGUUGUUUCAUAUUAUAUUUGAGGGAAGUUUAAUGAUUAAGAAUGCUGAAUCUUCCAACAAUAAAAUGCCACUAAAGGAAUGGAAAUUUGUGCAAAUGGUUGAUUCUUCCGGAAGCUGGAGUAGCAAAAGCGAACAUAGUCGAUUCAAAACUGCUCUUGAUUUACCAGCUUAUUCCCGUCAUCAAGAGGAGGUUGUCGACCCUGUUGAUGGAAGUUUUCUCAAUUUUGGUGUAGGUGGUGCCCUUCGUUGUGAUCGCAGCUAUAAACGGUUUUUUUCAUUCAAGAUACCUGAAAGCUUAAUGGAUUUACAAUGUAAUAACCAUGAUUUAAUCCAACAUUUUAUACUACCGCCUACAUUUGGAUCACUGCGGAUGGGGAUUGCUCGUGAAUAUGGUUUAAUGAAGAAUCGAAAUGAAGAUUUUAGUGACUAUACUGAAUCUGUGUCAUAUGCUGUUACAGCAAGGUUUGUGGCCAAGAAUAGUAAGUGGGAAAAUGAUUUUAAAAAAUUUACCAAUUCAAAUAAUCGAUCUGGGGUGGGUUCUCUUGAUUCAGCAAGAAGAGAGAAUAGUGAAUAUAUUAUUUUGAAAGAGGUGGCUAACUACAUAAGACUUGUGCCCACUACUAACCCAUUGUCUGAAUAUGAAAGAAAUUUUCAAAUGUGUCGAAACGUGAAAGUUUAUAAUCAUUUCAUAAAACGGAUUAACAAUUGGAUUGAAUGGGGGAAAGAAUUACAACUCUGUUCUCAAGUUAGUGAUUCUUUAGAUGAUGAAAUUCCACCAGUGGAUUUAUUGGAAGGAGAAGAAACAACUGGUGACGAAAUUGGACAAGAAUUCACUAGAGAUUUCAAUGCAAGAAAAAAUUCAACAAGGUGGUUUGAAGUAAAUUAUUCAAUGGUUAAGAAGAGUCUGCUAUUUGGAAGGAACGAAAGAAGGAGUUUGAUAAACAUCAAGACUCCAAGGCAAGAAUACCAUGUAUCAUAUAUCCCCCCAGCAAGGUUCAGGAGCGGUAAUAUUGCCAAAACGUUUCAAUCAACAAAAUUGGAUAUACCAAUCUAUGUGUCGGUGGAAAACAAUGGGAAUUUAUUGAAACAAAUGCCACCAUUAGAAAUCAAGAAUAUAUGGGUUGAAUUGGAAGUUUUUAAAAUCACAUCGGAAAAGAACCCAAUUCCUAUUGAAUUUGAACAUGCAUUCUUGUCCAAUGGCAAACCAACCGAUAUUGAAGAGAGUUUUAUCAUUAACACGAUUGAAACCACCGUUGUACAACCAAUGAAAAACCAUGCCAAAGAGUUGAGCCAGAUGGUAGAUCAAUUAAGACCCGAAUUGUUUACAAUUGACAAGAAACUAAUUGGUGAUGUCAAAACACUUUCUUGUUUGAAAGUUAAAACCACCAAAUUAUUAUUUGAUAACUUGAUCGUAAACGGGAAAGUAUAUUCACAAAAGGAGAAACUACUAAUAUCGAAUAAUAGUUACAAUGCUUCCACUAAAAAGCUCAAUCUAUCGUUAGAUUUGAAAAACCUUUUGAAAAAGAACGAAGUUUACAAUAGGGUUUCUUACAGUGGUGAUGGUAAUAAUAGUUUUGACAGAUUCACGUUGUUGCCUAGUUUCCAAAGUUGUUAUUUUGCUCGGAUGUAUGAUAUUAAAGUGUCAUUGGUGGUUAAUGAUAGAGUUAUGGUAAUCAAAGUGCCGGUGGUGAUUGAACACAGGUCUACUUUCAAACCAAUUCCUUAUUCUAUUACCUUAUCGACGUGUUAA